AUGGGUAGCAGUCGCCGGGCCUCACGGGCCUCACGGGCCUCUUCCACCCCGAGCCGGGAUGUGGCAAGGGGGCGGUCCAGAUAUUUUGGCUUCAGAGACUUCCUCGAUUAUGCGGAUUAUUGGCUCACCAACUCACGGCUCGGAAGGCUAUUUAAGCUCGAGGGAACGGGCAAGGUAAAAGAAAACAACUUACCCUCCGCAUUUUCUUACAUUUCAGCGGCCGUUAACCAAAGCAACCCCGAGAAAUCACGCUCUACCUUCUUCAGAGAGAUUAGGGCCGGUCUGACCACGUUCGCGACGAUGGCUUAUAUCAUUGCCGUCAACGUAAGCUCCGGUCUCGAGUCGCCUCUUUAUCUACUGAGUUCUGAAUCUGAUGAUUCUUAG